AUGUCGUCCGGUGCGGAUUUCGCCCGGAAGGGCUCGCUUACGUUCUCCAUCAUAUUGUCCGUAAUUGGCAUGGGACUGAGCAUCGCCGCCAUCCUGACACCCAGCUGGCAGGUGAGAAACGAUCGAUCGUUUUAUGAGUUUCCAACGGAGGUGGUCAACCUCCGUGAGUAUAAUUCAAUCCACGAACACGGUCUAUGGCUGGACUGCACGAGGCACAGUCGUGACGGAAAUCACAUUUUACAACGCGCCCUAUUCCGCACUGUGAUGUUCAGAUACGCGACCGUAACCGAGCCACUACACUGUGUGUACAAAUUCGACUACGACAAAUACUCUGGCACGUUUGACCUCGAAGAUGAC